ACGGGCUAAAAUUACACGCUCUAAAACCGAUGGAGGCGCCAAGCCUCGAGUCCAAGGCCGCGCUCGAGCUCGACUCGUACCUCGCCGAGGCCGAGGUCGAGCCGUCGCUCACCAAGGACCAGCACAUUGAGAUUCUCAAGGAGCGCCUCGCGCGGCGGUGCGCACUCAUCGAUACAAUCCGACAUGCUUACCACCGCGAUGUGAUUGUCGUCAAAGAGAACCUCUUGGCGCGCGAGCUGUAUCCGGGCUCGGUCGACGAACGCGUGCAUGCGCUGCCGUCCGUGGACCUCCGGGACACGCUUCCGCUCUUUGCACCGUCCCAGACGUACCUCCGCGUGCACCCGUGCGACGCGUGCGGCGGGACGCUCGAGCUUGUUCACGGCGAAACGCAAGAGCUCAAUGAAGCGCGGUCGCUCUGUGCCAAGGCGCAGAAAGGCGGGCAGAACAUGAAAGGCAUUGUACACCGGCUGCGCGCCGAGCUCAAGGAAGCGACCGAGAUCUCCGACGCGCUCCAGCAGCGCCUGCGUGCCCUCACAAAGGAGAAUGCGUUCACACUCGAACAGCUCCAGAUCUCGCGCAAGGCCGAGCGGGAUCAAAAGACUUUGCUGGCCGAGCUGAAAUCCAAGCUGCACGCCGCCACCGCCACGACCGAGAGUGUCUCAAAGCUCACGCAGCAGCUCAAGGAGCUCCACGCGGAGCACGCCGAAGUGACCAAACAGAACAAACUGCUCGUGCGCCACCGCGACGACAUCCAAGACGAACUCGAUGCGCUCAUGCAGAGCCACGCGGCGCUCAAGGUCGACUGCGUGCGGUACCAAGCCGAGUGCGAUGGCACCCAGCGCCAGCUCGACGACAUGACGGAACUUAAAACGCAUUUUGCGACCGAGUUUAACGCGUUGGCAACCAAACACAAGGAACAACUCCACGUGUCGGAGAUUGUGCAAGAGUCGCUCGUCAAAUGCAAACAAGACUUGGCGACGCUCGCGACCAAGUUUGAACAGACCAAGCGGCAGCUCGAAGACCAACUGGCGGGCGAAGAAAUGGCGCGCGAAAACACGCACGAGCGGUACCUUGAUGAGAAGAAGCGCUGCAAGCAGCUCACGGCCGAGGCGGAGCGGGCUCGGCGCGACAUGACCGAGUACCAAGAGCUAUACGCCCAAGUAGCGAGCCAAGCGGACGGCGUCGAGCGCGCCCAUCAAACCCAGCUGCACGACGAAGCGACGCUGUGGAGCCAAGAAGUGGACUUUCUGCGGCUUUUGCUCGACCAAGCCCUCAUGCGCGAAAACGACUUGGCGUCCGAAGUUAUGAAGCGCUUCUAUGACGACGACGACGACGACGAACCUGAUUUUUUCAUUCCGUCCUACACCGGCGACGACGACGACUCGGACAGCGAGCUGCGACCGAACUUGCAACUGCCGAGCCGUCCCAUGACGCCAAUGACGGACGCGAGCAUGCUCUCGGACUCGUCCCGACAGCACACGCCGUCGUCGACUGGUCGGCAAGAGACGAUCGAGCGCCCUGGCAGUGUCGAUUUGGACAGCAAAAAGAAGCGGCACGUCUUGAAAAAGACGGGCCAGAACGGCGAACUCGUUCAGCUCAUGUCCGAGAUGAAGGACAUGCAGGACAAGUGCAAGCUCCUGCGCAACAAGGUCCACGAGUCGGACAAGCAUUUGGCGCAGCAAAAGGCGCAGAACACCGAGCUCACGCUGACCAACCAAGCGCUCGAAGCCACCAUCAAGGACUACGUGGCCGAAGACAGUGAGCGCAACCAAAGUGAAACCGAGCUCUUUCGAACGCUCAAGAGCUCGCGCGAAAAUAUCGACGCGCUCAAGGCCGAAGUUGACCGAUAUGAGCGCAAAGUCGUGUCGUUCGAGGCGUUUUUUAGCCGAAUUGCCGACGAAAUUUACCAAUUUUACCAAAAUUCGCAGCUCGUCGCGCCGAUCGAGCCGCUGCCGGUCGUCGUACCCGAAGACGAACCCUCCAAGACGACACUGCCGCCGGAAAUUCUCGCCAAGCGCGCCAUUAUGAAGCGCGAGUUGUACGAGGAAAAGGUCCUCAACAACUACGUGUACGUCUACAACGAGCGCGUCGACUUGUACAUUGGGGACCUCAAACGUGCGUACGACUUCAUGCUUGAAGUCAAGCACGAAUCGCUCAUGUUUAAAAAGACGUGCGAGAACCAAGCCGUCGACAUCGAGAAGCUCCAGGACACUGUCGAACGGCUCAAGAUGUCGCUCGACACGGAGCGCACCAACACGGCCAAGCUCGAACGCAUGUCGCGCAUCACCACCAACGACCUCACGCAGCUCCAAGACAAGAUGCGGUCCUACGAGCGCGAGUCGGGCGACAUUGAGCUGGAGCGCAACCGGCUCUUGGAAGAAAAACGCAAAAUUGCAUUCAUCAUGAUGGAGAAGUCCAAGACUUUGGACCGUGAAAUCGACCUCAACGAGCAGAUGGCCAAGAAGCUGCAAGAGAAAGAUGUCGACAUUGGCAAGCUCCACGACACCGUGUCGAUUCUCGCGGGCACCGUCAAAUCGUUUGAGGACGCGAUUCAGUUUCGGAAGGACACGAACCGCGAUAUUGGCAUCCUCGUGAUGCCCACGCUCGACGCGACAGGCAUGCAGACCGACCCGUGGAAACCACAGGGUCUCAUCCUUCGCCAGCGCAACAGCUCCAACCAAGUACCGCAGCGCUACGAAGGUCCGGCCAAGAUCAUGGUCGCGUGUCCGAGCCUGGACGUGCUUCUCGGUGAAAAGACGCUGGACCGUCCGUUGACAUCGGCCUCGAUGACGACACUGCCGCCAGCCGUCGACAACAACCAGAAUUCGGGGCGGCGGGUGCAGACGGCGGACGCAGUGCUCGUCGGCGCGUCGCACCGCAAGCCACAGCGAAAGUUGCACGUCGGACGCAUCAACCUCCCGCGUGUGAAUCUCCCACCAACGCCGUCGAGCAACAGCCUCGACCCGCUGGUCGACAACUUUGUCAAUUGAGCUAAACUGCUUCAAACGACAGAGGGUAUCCACUAUUGGGGUAUCCAGAUCCA